AUUUCGAGUAAAAUAAAGUGUCCACUUCCGUAGAAGGAAACUACAUGUGGAUUGAGUUGUGAAACAUAAAAUAUGGUGUUUUACUUCACAAGCAAAGUUGUAUCCCCUAGUUACUUGCUGUACAUGGGACUGGACAAACAUGAAAAUGAAGAUCUCAUCAAGUGGGGGUUUCCAGAGGAUGUGUGGUUCCAUGUAGACAAGGUGUCAUCUGCUCACGUGUACCUCAGACUCCAUACUGGAGACACUUUGGACGAUGUACCCCAGGCUGUUAUAGAUGACUGUGCUCAACUGGUGAAAGCUAACAGUAUCACAGGGAACAAGAUGAACAAUGUCGACGUAGUGUACACAAUGUGGGCCAAUCUUAAAAAGACCGGCUCCAUGGACGUCGGACAAGUGGGGUUCUUCAAGGAAAAAGAGGUGAGGAAGGUCCGAGUAGAAAAAAGAAUAAAUGAGAUUGUGAACCGUCUGAAUAAAACAAAGGAAGAGAAAUUCUCUGAUUUACGGGAAGUACGAGAACAGCGGGAUAGAGAGGAGAGAGAGGCUGCUAAGAUCAAUAUGCAGGAGCAAAAAAGGAAAGAAAGGGAAGACGAGGAGAGAAGAAAAAAGGAAUCUGAACUUAGGUCAUAUGAUUCUCUGAUGAAGUCAGAUAAAAUGACAUCAAAUCAGGACGAUGGUAAUGACUCGGACGACUUCAUGUGAUCCUGCCAAGCCAACAGAUUCCACAGUCUUUCACAGUCAGCUAUACAAGUGAACACUGCGUCUUCUGCAAGCCUGUCUCAACGAGGUGUUCAGACAUGUCUCCUUGUUACUUCAGUGUCAUUCCAUUUCAAAAACCACUGGUGUGCUGUAGACAGGGCAGGAAGUGGUGUUUGUGGGGAGUACACAAGCUGUGCUGUGGUAGGACAGGAAGUGGUGUUUGUGGGGAGUACACAAGCUGUGCUGUGGUAGGACAGGAAGUGUUGUUAGUGGGAUGAACACUGGGAGGAUGUUUCUCUGGCAUUGGCCGUUAAUUAUUUAUCUCUCAAAAUACUAAUAAUGUUGUGAACGUUAAAUUUAAGAAAUCUCAUUUAAAACUUCAGUAUAUAAAGAAUUCCUCUUAUAAGAAUGUUAUCAAGAGGUGAAAGCUUGAAGAUAAGAAUGCUUGAAUAGGUGUAGCAAAUACUUAUGAAGCCAGCAGCAAAGGGACAUUUUCAUUCUUACAAUAAUAACACAGGCAAUUCUCGAAAAAACCCAGAGACCCUGAUCACUGUAUUUUGAUUGCUAUAACUAUAUAUAGAUGUACUUUUAAAAAGUAUUGCUAUUUCUUUUAAAUGCGAGUUUAAGUAUUUAUUCUCUCUGGACUUAAGUUAAAUGUAGUACGGGGUACUAUGUAUAUCAUGUCACAGUAACAAUGUUAGAAAUUCAAGAAAAAAUAGCCCCACAUUGUAUGGUUUGAUUGGAUAUUAACACAUGUAUUAUUUUCUUAUGGAAAAAAACUUACCAGUUCAAAUUAUCAUACUUUUUUUCCAGAACUUUGUGAUUCCUUGUUUGGAAUCUCCCUUUGCAACUGUCCUCAAGAUUCCAGGGGUUACGCUCACUUUCCCUCUCGGCACCGGGCCGACCUGGAAUAUGUCAUGACAAAAUUGAAAGCUCAGUCUGAUCCUAUGAUGUACAUCAGAAGAAUCUGUUGAUCGCGUAACGGUAAAAGUGACUGGCUUUAAAGUCGGGUGUCACUCUUCUGUAAUCUUCAAAGGCCAUGUUUCAGCCGCUAGAUUGGUCAGGGUUUUUUU